AUGGCCUUCCGUGAUCUCCGCAAUCCCUUCUUCUUCCUACUUCUCGCAUUGGCUACUUCGCCAGUAGUUCUUGCAGGUGAUCCCGACAUCACUUCGGACUUCGUGCUCCCACCGAACACCAACGCCGUCAAUGGCAGCUUCUUCACCUUCACCGGCAUGCGCUGCCUGCUGGACUCGUCCCCGCCGACCAACUUCACCGUGCUGAAAGCUACAAUGGCGGAGUUCCCGGCCCUCGGCGGGCAGAGCGUCUCGUAUGCUGUGCUCUCCUUCCCUGCUGGCUCGGUCAACCCCCCUCACACUCAUCCCCGCUCCGCCGAGCUUCUCUUCCUCAUCGACGGAUACCUCGAGGUCGGAUUCGUCGACACCGCGAACAAGCUCUACACGCAGACGCUGCAGCCGGGGGACUUGUUUGUGUUCCCAAAGGGACUCGUUCACUACCAGUAUUGCAACCGCAAGACUCCUGCAAUCGCCAUUUCUGCCUUUGGGAGUGCAAGUGCUGGCACUGUAUCGGUUCCCAAGGCUGUGUUCACGACGGGCAUCGAUGACGGCAUCCUUGCCAAAUCGUUCAAGACCGAUGCCGCCACCGUUGAUAAGAUCAAGGCUGGACUUGCAUGAAACACCAGAAUUCAAAUCUCGUGGAAGCAGUCUUAC